AUGACUCCGAUCUCGUUCGCGGUGGCCUACUACUUCCUGCCCCCUACCUUUGACAUCGCCGUGCCCAGCCACGACCCCACCAAGGAUUUCGACACCAAGAUCGUCAAGAACUGGUACCUGUUUGUGUGCGUGGCCGCCGGCCUGUGGGGCGGCCUGGCCAUUGGCCUGCAGACCGAGUUCUUCACCUCCAACCGCUACAAGCCCGUGCAGGCGCGCCAUCGCCGGCGCGCGCGCGACGUGGCCGACGCGUGCCGCACCGGCCCCGCCACCGACAUCAUCUUCGGCCUGGCCCUGGGCUACAAGUCCACCAUCAUCCCCUGCUUCGUCAUCGCAAUCUGCAUCUACGUCGGCAACACCCUGGGCGGCAUGCUUGGCAUCGCCUGCGCCGCGCUGGGCAUGCUGUCCACCCUCUCCACCGGCCUCGCCAUCGAUGCGUGA